AUGGCAAAAUGCUAUGUUUUGCGUCAAAGGGUAUCAUCAGAACGUGCCGGUAAUAUUCAAAUUCUAAAAACUAUGUAUUCAUUCAGGAAUCUGCUAAUUCUCUCACUCAUUGCUCUCAUUUCUCAAGUUAUAGCGCAAGACCCGAUUGACGAAUAUCGCGACAUCUUCGUUCCAUUUGAGCCUACACCUGGAGCUCAUUAUUUCUUCUGCGCGCUUUACCUUCUCCUCUGUGUAGCUUUCUUCAUUUAUGUAGUCUUACACAAAGAUUGGUGGGCUCUUUGUCUCCCAAUUGGCGCCUUAUUCGAAGGUAUUGGCUAUCCUAACAAGAUACGUUUCGCAAAAUCUCUUUCAAUGGGUCUAUUCAUAGCGGGAGAUGUAUUCAUUCUAUUAGCGCCGGUUGCAUAUUUAGCAUUUAACUAUCUCGUUUUCGGAAGAUUGAGUCAUAACAUCGCCAAUGACAAUCGUAUUGUUAAGGAAAAGCGUAAUAUUACUAUCAUAUCUCCACGCGCUAUCAAACAUAUCUUCGUAUGGUCUGACAUAUUGACAUUCUUAUGUCAAUUUGCUGGUCAAUUGAUGCAAAUUGCAUCAGAACAACGCCCUAAUGGAAACAAAGUAACCUUAGCUGGGAUGAUAGCACAACUCAUAUCCUACCUCUGUUUCGUCUGUAUCGGUUUAUACUGUCGCUUUAAAGCUGUACCUUCGUUAAGAAUGACGACAAUUGGUAGGGAUAUCGACAGAGUUUUGAUGCUAUUAUCGGUCAGUUCUCUCUUUAUACUUAUUCGUUUGCUCUAUAGAGUAAUUGAAUUGAGCGGUGGAUCAGGAAACUCGAUAGAGAAAAGCGAAGCUUGCUUCUUUGUACUUGAUGCUGCACCAAUGGUUAUUGCUAUUGGCGUUUGGCUCUAUUGGCCAUCACGUAUCGUACCAAUGAAGAAGUCCACGAGCGGUUUCCACGGUCUAGAAGAACAAGAAAAUACAUACUUCUUCAACAACAAAUAA